GUAGAACUGUGUGCCAUUGAGAGAGAGAGAGAGAGCUUCUUCUACCAUCGUCGGCCCUCUCAGCUUCUCUCAGGUAAGAGAAAAUGGCUGAAGCGAAAAGCAAAUUUUCAUCACACUCGUGGUGGUUUGAUAGCCACAACAGCAGCAGCCCUAGAAAAUCCCCAUGGCUCCAAUCCACCCUUGCAGAGCUGGAUGAGAAGACAAAAGCAAUGCUGAAAUUAGUUGAGGAAGAUGCAGACUCUUUUGCUCAACGUGCAGAAAUGUAUUACAAGAAGCGGCCAGAGCUAAUUAACAUGGUUGAGGAUUUUUAUCGCGCCCAUCGCUCAUUAGCUGAGCGAUAUGAUCAAGUCAAGUCUGAAUCUGGGACUCGCCUCUUAACACAGUGGGCUUCCCCAGUAUCUGUCACCAAAUAUCAACCCGAGAAGUCGAUGAGCUCCAUGGAUAAAGCCUACGAUAGCUACUCUGAAACCUAUGACCCUGCGGAGUCUGGUGAGUCUGAUGUUGAGGAUCCUGAAGAAGAAGAAGAAAUCGUCAUAGUCCAUAAAGAAAUAGAAGAGGAAAUUUCAAGUGGAGUUGGCAAUGAAGAAGUCAUGAAGCUGACGGAGGAAAUAGAGGCGCUCAAAGAAGAGAACCGGAUUCAAAAGGAACAACUGAUACAGAAAGAUGAAGAGAAAAGGGAGGUAAUAAGGCAGCUCAGUUUAGCUGUGGAGAUGCUGAAGGAGGAGAAUGUGAAGCUGAGGAAGAAGGGGGUUGCUAAACAGACAUCAUCCAAUAAUAAACAGAGCCCCCUCGAGUUCGCCAAAUUGAAGGAGUCAUUUUUGGGGAAAUUGUUCAAUCUUUCCAAAAUCAUCGGUUAGUAUUGUUGCUCUCUAGAUGUGGUUGCAUGCCACCAUGUAAAAUCUGUGUAGCACAAUUGGAGAGGGUUCCCCUUUGAACUAAAACUGAGUUAAUAGGUACUAUCAUUUGUAAAAGUAGUUACAGUCAUUUUGAUACUAUUUCUAUAUCUGUAUCUAUGUGAAUUGAAUCUUCAUUGGGUAAUGUUCUUCAG